AUGCGCGAAGAGACGCCAUCAGCCCCGGGCACUCCCGAGGCCCAAGAUAGCGCGAGUUGUGUCUCUGACGUGAGCUCUGAGCGAAUACAUAGACUUGAGGGACUCCUCGCAGAAAUGGCGCAGCAGCAAGCCCAGUUCAUGAAAAACUAG